GGGGGGUCUCCUGCAGGACUCUUUUCUUUUUUUGGACUUCUAGAGGCGGAUAUUUUUUGCUCCUCCAGGCCCUCCCAGGAGGACUCGUGGUCUUGUGAAAUCCCGGUCCCGUUAUAAAAACCCCAGACCAGGAGAGGCUUCACGUGCUCGUGUUAACGGGAAACAGGCCGCGUCACACGGGCUGGUGUCGGUGACCGCGUCACGCGCAACACCGGAUAGAUAGCGCAGAUUAAAGUGAUUAUAUAGUUAUUUCAUUAGUUUUUACAAAGUCUCAGUUCGGGUGUUCUGGUCCAGCAGAACUUGGAAGUGGUCCAGAACUCUGUGGGCAUGGCCGAGGGAGACUUCUACACGAUGGGGAGCCGCCAGCGGUUCCCCCGGGACCCGUUCGCGGAGUCUCCGUUCAGGGACCAGCUCGGCUCCCGGUUCAUGGAGGACGAGUUCGGGAUCCCGGCGUUCCCCGACGACCUGGCGAUGGACUGGCCCGGCUGGGCUCGGCCCGGUCGGCUCGGUACGCGCCUCAGCACGUCGCCGUUCGGCGGCGGAGGUCUGCGCGCCGCCGCCGGGUUCCCGUCGCGGCAGUCCGCGGCCGGAGGCCCCGCGGUGUACACCAGCCGGUACGGAGAGCCCUCCUCCCGGAGCUCCCCCACCGGCGGCACCGGGGCCACCGGGGGGGAACCGUGGAAGGUCUGCGUGAAUGUCCACAGCUUCACACCGGAAGAGCUCACCAUCAAGACCCGGGACGGAUUUGUAGACGUGUCCGGAAAACACGAAGAGAAACAGGAAGAGGGAGGCAUCGUCACAAAGAACUUCACAAAGAAGAUACAGAUCCCGCUCGACGUGGACCCCGUGACCGUCUUUGCCUCGCUGUCUCCGGAGGGCGUCCUCAUCAUCGAGGCUCGCCAGACGCCUCCGUACUACCUCUUCAGUCACGAGGGCUCCCCGCCGGGCGGAGACGCCCCGGAGGCCGAGGCCCCCCCUCAGGCCCCGGAGACCCCCGUAGUCUAACCCCCCCCC